AUGAGAGGGGUUUUUUGUGUGGUUUUUGGUUUGUUUUGGUUUUGAGUUUUUUUCCUUUUACCAUGUCCAAAACUCCUGGUCUCAGGGUAUUAAAUGGCUUUCUGAUGAAUGGGAUAGUUGGCUUGAUAAAACCAGGUUUGUUAAGACCUGAGUCUAGUAGCUGGAUUAACCAGUAGUUAAUCUGGUCCAGGCAAUAGGAAUGAAACUGCACUUUGACAUCUGAGCUUUUAUAUAAGCCUCUGAAGUGAUGUGCUGUGAGCAAAUGUGGAGAAGAGCUGGCAGGGCCUUAACAAACUUGCCUCUGUUCUGUCAGAGUUAAUUUGGUAUUAACUUCUCAUAGGAUGAACACUACCUGUGUGUAACUGAAAAUAUACUCCUUGUCACAAUCUGCCACUCUCCCUCCAGGGAAAAGGUACCUGCAUUCAGUCUUUGUCCCCAAACUGCUGUAGAACUUAAAUUCACCUUUUAGGUGCCAGAUGCUAUACUACCUGUGCUGCAAACACAUAGUUCAACAGCUUCAUCCUAAAAUGAUGACCUCGUAGGAAACAGCUGGAUUUGUUUGGUGUGGUGUUCUUGGGGUUGGUUCUUGGGCUGGUCUGUGCAGGGCCAAGAGAUGGAUUUUAUUGAUUUUUGUGUGUCCUUUCCAACUCAAUAUAUUCUGUUGUUCACCUGCAGCAGGUUUUGCCACUCAGCUCUGACAGUAUUCAGUGACUUUCAGGAGCUGCUAUGCAUAGUAUUUGUUCUGGAACAGGAGCUUUGUUAUCUGUUGCUGGCAUGUUUUCUGCAGGUGCCAGAUUUGCUCUCGUUGACAGUUGCACAGUGGACUGCACUGUGUUGGAAACUGCUGCCAUCCUGCACUCUGAGACAAAGGGCCUUCCCAAUUUUCCUGUCAGUUCUUGUGCUGCAUCAUUCAAAUAAUACUGCUAACAGCUGCAGGGGCUAAACUGUGUUUUAGGCUUCUCUCCGAACUUAAGAUCAGUGACCCUGAUGUUUGAGGAGUCUUUAUUAUCUGACUUUGCAAAUGCAAUUUGGUUUAUGGCUUGAAGUAUAACACAUAGCAGUAAAAGCUCUGUACAGAGCAGCUGUCUCAAAAGUACAUAGGCUUUCCAUUACCAAGAGUUUUAUCAUGUCUGAUAAUUUUGUUCAGUGGUUUUGGCUUUUUUAGAAGAGAGUUUAUUAUCCUUUUUACAGCAUCAUUCCAGUGAGGGUGAGGGGCUGCCAGAUUAUCAGCUAGUCAGGUGUUUCUUGAGCAUGUUCAGUACAAAAUCAUACUCACUGUGGCUCUGGUGGCCCUUUGUUGGGUCCAUUGCAUGUGGUGCUGCAGUCACUAGACCUCUUCACUUUUCAUGAAGCUUCCAUCUGUGACUGGUUCAGGUUGGACCCAUGAGGAGAAUUUUUUGUAUAAACAAAUAGUGGCUUGCCCUUAAUUCAGGAUGAGCUUCACAAGUCAGUGAUAACUUUUCAUAAGAUUUUAAAAGGUGACUGUAUUCUUUGUAAAGUACCUGAUUGCAGUAAUAUUUCUGCCUGUGGCUGAACUUCUAGGAGACCUCUUUUCUAUCAGCAGACUUCUCAGAUGACCAGAGGCAAUACUGUCAGUAGUAGGACCCAUUCUCCUUGCUUCUUCUCUCUCUUUAUGGUGUUUUUAGCUGGGUUGAAUUGAUUCUGCACUGUUUGAGGAGCACAGUGACAUAUCCUAAGGCUUCCAGUGCAUCUCUGUUCUUCCAUUCUUUAACUGGGUUCCUGUUGUCUGACAUAUCUGCAGUUGUGCUUGUUUUCUAAUGAAACAUGGGGUGAAAUCAAGACUGGUAGCCUGUAUGUUGUUUUCAGUUUCCUCAAGAAAUAAAUCUAGUUUCAAAAAAGACAAUCUCUAAACUAAUUUAAGAACUAAAGCAAUGGGACUUGGAAAUACUCAUCAUACUUCUAAUUUUUCGAUUAGCAUUGUUCUACUCUAAUAUUCAUCUCCUUAAUGCUUAUCUAGUGAGUUCUCAGGUGUCUUUCAGAGACCUAAGUGGAGUUCUGUUAUUUAAGGACUCAGUCCUGCUUGGCUGUUUAACUAGAAUGGGGAUGGAACCACAGAAUCAUCUCUCCUCAUUGAAACACAGAGCUGAGACAUCUGCAGCAAGAACUGAGUUGCCUUAGGAUCCCUUUGUAGCUGAGUGUGCCAGAAGAGGACUCAUCAGAAAAUCUUACCUGGGCGCAGUCUCAGACAGCUCUUUUCUUUACUUUGGUGUUGACUCUUGAACUUCACAGUGCUGGUUAAGACCUGCUGAAUUGGCAGUCAGAGAAAGGAGAUUCUUCUACUUUAGCUCAGGGAUUUUUGUUACUGAUACACCAAGUGUAUCAGUAACCUUGAGGAAUUUGCUUAUUGUAGUGUUAUUUCAGCUCAUAUCUUUGAAACCUAAUGUGCCAGGUAUUCCUAUAGCCAGCUUUUGUAGUUUAGAGAAAAUGAUAAUGGCUCCUUUUCCCUGACAAAUUUGUAGAUACUACACAAAACCUGUCAGUGUGGGCAUUUAGAUUAGUGUAAAGUGUGUAGUAUUCUCAACUGAACAUGGACAACAAUGUUGUUGUAUUGAUGAAAGUCAGAAUAAGCCUUUUUCCUCUUUUCUCCUAAUCAGUCUUAAUUUUUCCACAUUGCUGUUAGAGCUGUUGAACAGCUUUAGAUUUCUCCCUUGGAUGAAUGAAGAGCACAACAUUCCAGGUGGUGUUUGUUGCUUGGUUCCAGUAAUGAGCAUAGCUGAGGGUGUGUAUCUGCAGUUUCCUUUGACCUCACCAGAAUGGUCUCCAGAGGAAUGGGAAACAUUCACCUGAUUGCCAUCUUUUCAGGAAGCUGUGGCAGAUCCAUGCACAAGCACUGCCACAGCCUCCUUGCUGCAGCAUGAGUAAUGUGACAACGCCAGCAUCAAAACAGUUCUGACAGCACCUAGCAAAUGAGGGAAGUGUGUGGGAGGGUACUGGAAAAAGAUUUAAAUGGUAUAGUAUGCAUGUUAAUUUUGAAACAAAACUGAGUAAGGUAGGAGAGCCUCAGAAGAGCUGUCUUUGGCCUGGAAUUUUGCAUUUAGGAAACGUUCUCGCUGUUAUGAAUGGUUCUAGUGGCUGUGAACACCUUCAGUACAUGAUGCAGGAGAGAAAUGAAACAGACCUGCUGCCUGUGCUCUUGUACCUCCCAUGAGUUACUGCCUGGCAGUGUGGGCUCCUCAUGCUGCCCAACACCCCAGGAACUGGGAUGCUCUCACCGUUAUCCACACUGCUGGCUGAAGGAAGAGCUGCCUCCUCACAGGCUGUAGGCAAGGUGGGUGGCUGGUUUUCAUAUCCAGGCUGAAGUCCUCCAUAUGGAGUUAGGAGCAAACCUGUCUUUACAGCCCAACAAGUAUGCUAUAGACCAAAGCAAACUACUUCAAGAAGUACAGUAACUCAAUCCCACAGUCUUGCUGAAUGUAGGGAGGCAUGGCAGUGUGUUGUAUCCAUGGACCUCCAGAGACACUUCAGACAUGGGGAUCAGAUGGUUGUGAAUGAACUGAUAUUAGUUCAUAUGCUUGGACUCUUCAUUUCCUCAAGUGCAACUUUUAUCUAAUUUCUGCAACUUUUGGGCUAAUUUUCUUGCCUGUCCUUGCAGCAGGGGUUAACUCAAACUUCCUUCCUAAUAGCUCCAAGCAAUUAAAAAGAAAUGGGUGCAGGAUAUGCAUGCCUUUAGUGUGGGUGGUGGGUGCUGAUGGGCUGCAGGUACAGAGGAGCAGUUAAGUUGCAGACAGUUCCAUGGAAAACAGGAGUGAUGUGAUACAGGAGAGCAAGGAAACUGGUGAUGGGGAGCGGCUACACCAAAGGGCCAAGCAGCCCAUGUGGUUUGGAACGGUUUGCCUGUGGUGGAUGGCUGCCCAGGCUACUUGGCUCUGCAGCAGGAACACAGCUUUGCUUGUCCAGGCGCAGCAGAGCCAGGGCAGGAUGAAGAGAGCAGUUGUGUUGGCAGCCAGAGAUGGGUCUGUCCUGAGUCCUCUCUGGCCUUCCCAGUUCCAGCUGGAUAGAUGUUUCCAAACACCAUUUAACAGCUGGCGUCCACAGGGACUGGCAGAAGUGUAAAUGCUCAUAUUCUGCCAUUCUCUCUUUCAUUUGCAGAGGUAGCACAGGGCAUCCUCUUUGGACCCUCAGCAGUCCACACAGUGGGGCUGGAGCCAACCGUGCUCUUCCUCGUUGGUUGGAGGGUGACUCCUGUGGGAGCAGAGGUCUGCAGUGCUGUCACCAGGAGGGAGACCCCCAGCUUGGGCCCUCAGCACUGUGCAGAGUCUGGCAAGAGGAAAGGACAGAAAAAGAGAUCUUGGCUCUUCUCCCUCCCCAGUCGAAGCGGGUGAGGGGCUGCCAAGGGCUUUGCAGCAGGGAGAAGAAAGACAGCGUUCAUGGGAGCUGCGUGACUCCGAGCUGGUGGGCUGGGAGCCAGGCACGUCAGCACCUGAUGGGCCAGCACAGGAGGAAGGGCUUCUUGCUCCUCACGCCUCACCUUCUCCAGAGGAGCCCUUUCAAGGGGUCCCAGCCCAGUGUAGUGAGGUCUCUCCUGCCCCACUGCCCUGCCUGUUCUGGGCUGAACUGUUGCCUGUGUGGGGCAUUGCACUGGCACAGUGUGCUGGGGAGGUCUUUCCCCAGGAGCCUGCUUUGUUCACUCCUACCCUGGACCAUGCUGGCUGAGACAGCUGCCCAGGAUCCCUCCUGCCUGCCUGUGUCCUCCACUCUGUCGUCUUGUGUGGGUAGAUUUGGGGGACCUGGAUCAGUCCUUUGACCAUCUGUGCAGACUCUGCAAAGAAGCAGCCUCCAGUUGUGCAGUGGCUGUAUGGAGGCUGCACAGAUUGUUCCCAGAGAGUGCAGGGCUAGGGCUGUGGGGGUGAUCCUGGGAGCUGGACAGUCAUCACCUCUCACAGUAGAGAGCCCUUGUUCAGGCAGGCUGGAGCCUGCCUAGAGAAUCCUUCCUCCUGAAGCCACUGGACAGAAGAGCCCUUGUGCAGCCUUUUUGGAGAGGUGCCUGGUACCUGCUGAUGCAGACUUUCUGCUUCCCAGUGAACAGAUGCCUGGCUAUGGCUGGGCCAUAUGGUGUUUUGGACUUGCUGCUCUCCCAGCACAACCUCUCCUCCGGCCCUACAAGCAGGUGAGAUUGCUCAGGGCUCUGAUCCCUGGCGACAGCUCCCUGCAGGCUGUAGGAGCUGCCAACAGUCUGGUGCAGGGAGAGGUGUGACAGGUCUGUGCGUGUGCCUCUGGGAAGUGCCACCCAGUCAGUGUGGCCUUAAUGCUGUGUCACCGUUGCAGGAGAGGUUUGGUUGUGCAGGGGGCUUGCCCUGCUGGCCCAGGAUCUGAGGAAAUCACACCAUGCGGUGAGGGUGAGUAAACAGCACUUCAGGUUUGUGGUCAAGGAUGAUUGUGACAUCCUGAGGGCACCUCUGAGGCUGGGAUGAAAUCAGACUCUGCCUGCCAGCCAAGAGUCUGUAUCAGAGCCAGAAUCUCUGGUGCUGGCUUCCCGAUCUUACCCUGUAAGCCAUUCCUACAGGAGCUGCUACAUCCUUCCUGACUUCUCCAGCAGUCUCUGCUGCUUUCCCCGCUCAGUCAGGUUUAUUGGGUGAGCGAUUGCCCGAGGCUCAGCGUCAGCAGCUGUGCUCACUGUCAGGCCAUGUGGAUUUGGGAUGGGAAGGGAGGAGCUGGCAGCUUUGCCCUUUGGCAGCAUGUUGCAGGGUACAAAGCCAGCCAGCCCUCUUGCCAAGCUGUAAAUUUGCCCCUUGCUCUUGUGCUUGUCUGGCUUUUCCUGUGGGCUGAGGGUUCAUCCCACUCAUGCUGUGGCUGCUCUGCUAACUUGUCCUUCAGCUCCCUGUGCCCUUAUGCUUGCACACACAGUGCUGUCAGCUCAGCUGCCUGGGUGCACUUCUGACUCAUCAUGUGCUGCCUGGGCAGCUCCCCAUUUCAUUACUGUUAGGAGUUCAUGGCAGUGGGCUGUGAAACUCCGUUCCCCUCCACCCUGCUGAGUCCCAUGCAUCCAGGAGGGACAAAGAUUUGUGGAGCUGUCUGCCCUGACCAGGAGAUCCCUAGCAGUGUGCUGUGCCUGGCUGGGAUGCUGUAUGCCAUGGUCUGUCCUUGGCACCUCUCUCCUGUGGAGAUUUCUGCAGCACAGCACAGGAUCUCAGGAUCCUGUGCCAGCGCAGGGCAGAGGAGCUGGUGCUUCCCCAGGCAUUCUGGCAGGGACCAGCCAUUUUCAUCUGCAUAAUGGAGACUAUAGCACAGCCACCAUCAACCCACUCUGGGAUAUUUUUAUCCUGGCUGUGCUGAUGAGGGAGAGAUGACAGGCUCACUCCACAUCCAGACCAUGCAAUGCCUCUCCCAGCUGCAGCCACCUGGCGCAAUGGAGAAGUGUGGGCUGUUCCCCCAGGGAAGGCAGCACUCACUGUGUGCUGUGGCUCUGGGCUUGCUGGGAGCAGCCACUGGUGCUCGGGGGGAUUGAGGUAUUUCGGCAGCAUCCUUCUCUCUGUGUCCCCUGCCUGUGGCUGCCUCUUCAUGGCUGCUAUCAGCCCACAUCCUGCUAGCAAACAGAGCACCCAGAGGCCUUUCCCCCUGGCUGCUCUAACUCCCUGUUAUGAAAAGCAGCUGCAAGAAUGCACAGGUUGUCACAAAUGCUGAAUCUCCAAAACCGAGCAUGUUUGUGUCCCUCAGCAGAGCACAAACCCUUGGCCACGCCCUGCAUCACAGGGGUCAGGGCAGUGCAAACUAAGCCCUCAGCCCCUGCACACUCACACAGUUCCUAUGGCCAAUGCCAUGCUGGGUGACUCCUCACCUUUCUUCCUUUUCCCUAGAGGGAGCAGAUAAGCCUCAGCACCCAGGAGUGGGGAAGAAAGACACUGGGACAUGGCAGGGCUACCUCAGCUAGCAGCUACCCUGCCAACCCAGUGUCCCAGGCCAGGCAGCUGUUCUCAUGACCAACAGGGAAGCACCUCCACCAGCAGCACCAGCAUUUCCUCCCACCACCUUCCCAGUGACUGGCAGCAUUUGAGAUGCCUGAUGCUUUCCUUUCCUCCUCCUGCUCCUUGCCCUUGCUGCUUCCCAUCUCCUUGAUCCCCUUCCUGAGCAUCAUGCUUGCCCUAGUCUCAGACGUGUAAGAGGUGAGAUGUUUCAAGAGCAUCUCUCUGGGCUCAUGGCUCUGCACCCUGGGAGAUGUUGAUGUCCCUUGGUGCAUCACAGGGUUUUCAGAGGGGCAGUCACCCACAGAGGUGCAGCCUGUAGCUCUGCACACAGGACAUGUCCUGGGAGUUGCUUACCAAAGGCAGCAUUGCAGACCAUUUCCUUUGGGCACCUGGGGAAGAGAUCAGAGUGACACAAAUGGGGAAGGUUUGUAAACCUGAAGUGGACACUGACUCAGGCACUUGUGCUGCUGUGCUUAUGCUGUGGGUCAUCAGCUCACUUGGGUGUAUAUGGGAGAGACAGGUAUGAGUAACAGAGUUGCUGUGUUGUGUGUAUGAAGGUUGCUGGUGCAUUACUUGGAUUCAGAGGCUCCAGUUCACCAUGGAGCAAUGGAGAGGAGGUUCAGGCUGAACAGGAUGAAAAGAGGAGCCUAUGGCUAGUGGCCCUAUCACCAUAGCAGGACAGCUGAAGGUACACAAGGGAUUGCUGCACUGCAAGUAAUUAAGUACUAAAGCUCCAGGCUGGAAAUUAUGCAUUCCCUAGGUCAAGGGCUGGCAAUGAGCACUGCUGCAAGGAGUGUAAUGCUACAGAGCCAGCUCAGGCUGUUGUACCUGUUUUUAGAAAGACAUGUGCAUAAGCUGGAAGAGCAGGUGAACAAAACUGUCCUCAGGCAGAGCCCUCCACAACUUUUCCACUGCCUUCUCUGGCUUGCAGGAAUCAGUGCUGGCCUCCUUUUUGCUGCUAGAGCUGUUUGGACAGAAGACCAGGAGGGAUGCUUACAGUUCAGGGCAAUACAGCAAGCACAUCCAUCCAGCAUCUCUUCUUCAUGCCUGAGCCACCGAUGUCAAAACAUUCAAGUUGAGACCUUAAACUUGUUGAGAUCUAGUUGAGAUCUAAACUUAUUUUGCAAGCUGCUUCAUGGUAAGGAUGGCUGCCUCUGCAACCUUCAGUGACUGUGCCGUACUUGAUUCCAGACUUCAGUUUUUCCCAUCUUCAACUUCUCACCUUUGGCUUCUGCCCUUCCUUCUGCCCAUACCAGUACUCUGCUCCUUCUGGCAGUGAGGAGACCCUCUCCUGGGGCAGUGAAGUACCUUGUACUCCUCACAUCCUUAUUUGUCACAUUUCCAACCCUUAGCUCCUUUUUUGUGAUAGUGUUGCUGCUCCUUGGGAUUUCUGUGCCUGUUCUGAAGUUUGGAUAGCUGGACCAGACAUCAAGCUGGCUUUGCCAACAAUUUGGAAAUCCUCUCCAUGCCCCUCUGACUCAUGGCCCUCAGAGCCAAGGUACUGUGCUGCAGGCUCAUGGCAACAGUCACAUGUGGGGACAGCUCUUUUGCAGCUUUUUUCCUUAAUUUUGCCUCCCACCCUUGCUUUCAGGGAGAUUCUCUACCCUGUGGUACAGCCUGUCUUCUCCAUUCCCAAGAAGCUUCCUUUGCAGCCCAUCACUGGGCUGGGGGCUGUUAUAAUUUUCCCAGGCCAUUCAGCUCAUGCUGUGGCAGCAAGCAGCAUUCAGUGUUUUAUCAGCCCCAAAUGUAAGCCUUCAUCUUGUCAUCCAGAUUAUGGAUAUUAAGACGUAUUAAAUGGCACUGGACCAGAGGUCACUGAGGGUCUAAGUAGGCUUCCUGUUGUUGAUGUCUCCCCAUUAAGCCUUGGCUCACUGACAGAUCUCAGAAUGUAGCUGUUAAUAUGUGUAGUUGUUAAUCUACUUGAGUCUUAUUAAUUCUUUAUAAUACAUACUUUUAAUUAAAAUCCUACAGCAUUAUUGAAAGCAGUGGAGAAGGCAAAGUGUUCUCUGCAAAUGCUCCUACUCUCAGCACCCAGAACUUUCCUUUUGCCCAGGAAGGAGUUUCCCUGUGUAACAGCCUCAGGAUGCCUUUAGCUAUGCUUUCACUUACCCAGUGGCAGUCUGGGGCUCUCUGCCAUUUCUCUGCCCAUUGCCUUGACCCUUUAGAUUAUGUUGGCCUCCUACCAGCUGACCAUUCAUUAAAAAUUAACACACGUGUUUGGGAGAGUCUCUGAUUAAAUCAUCAAAUUGUUUGCAAAUUACUUGGGCCUGUAGCAUGAGUGUGGCUGGUAUGGGGAGCUGCAGCCUUUUCUUGUGCCACUGCUUUGCCGAAUUCCCUCCUCUCUGCAACAGCACAUGAGGUGGAGUCACUCCUGCCAUUCCUGUUUGAGAGGAGGCAGUGGCUGGAUGGUGCUUGCCUGCCUCACCUGACUCUUCCAGCUGUUUUUAUGGUAUGAAAGGGUAUGGGGUAGUGCCUGUUUGGAGAGCUCAAGAUGAACCCAUUGAGGCUUAUGGCCAUCACAGUUCUAAGCAUCUCAGAAAUUCAAGGACAGCACUCCUGGCUUCAGAAAGGCAGCAUGGCCACAGCUGGAACCGGGCUCAUUCAAGAUUCCUGCAGCACUGGCAUGAAGAAAUGCAUUGUGACAUCCAGUGAUGGCACCUGGGCUGAGCAAGACUCCCUAUUUCACUCCCAGAUCUCAGGUAGGCUUCACUGGGGAGGCUGCUGGGGGGAAGGUUAUUUUAGCUGGUUUCUUAAGGAGUAGAAUUAAAGAGGGAACCUUCACCUAGCCAAUUGUUUUUAAGAGGCUGUGGUCAUGGUGUGCAGCCUGGUAACUAGUCAGUGCACAGAUUCUACAGUGACCAUUGUCACUCUGGACAAAAUGGGUAAAAUAUUAACAGGCAUUGCAAAAUAUUUCCUAGACAGUCAAACCAGCCUGCAUGCCAGGAGGCACUGCUUGGUUCUGUGCUCUCCUCUCUUUCACGGUGCAGUAACCUACUAGGGGCAGGACAUUUGCUCCUGGACAGCUCACCAGGGCUUAGCAAAUCUUCCUAAGGCCUGCCAAGCUCAGCUCCCUAAGCCUCCCCAAAUGUGGCAACUAUGACAUCCAUGAUUCUAGGACAAGAGAGCAAGUGAGGGAGGUGUGUGGGAGUGGAGGUGUCUCCAACCAGCAAACUCCAUUCAUCAGUUCCUGGAUGUGCAGCUGAGAUACAGGUGGUUCUAGCCUGCCAGCAGGGGGUCUGGAAAAGAUUCAAGAGGAUCCUGCCUGAAUCCUUAUCCUGAUGCUGUGGUAGAAAGGACUAAUGCAGCCCUUUAAGACAGAAAGUAGGAAAAGCAGAUUAAAUCCCUGUGUCAAAGCAUUAGGGAGGCUCAAUGUGGGAUUCUGUAUCUUGAAAAGGAUUCAGGAAAAUCAGAGAGGCUCUAUAGAGCAGAAACACAAAAAAAUGGCUUGAGGGUGGGAGGAAAAGCCUGGCAGAAAGAGAAUUAAGCGACUCAGUAUAUUUAGCUUUUCAGAAAGACGGAUGAGAGGGGGUUUGCUUGCAGCAUAUGUGUAGUGUCACAAAGAGAAAAUGCCAGGCUCUGAAAGGCUCUUUAAUCAAGCAGAAGGCAGAAUAAAAUGGUAUGUCUGCAAGCUGAAGCCAGACACAGGGAGGUGGGAUGCUCUUCUGAACGUGACGGUCAGGGACUCCUGAAACAGACCCAGAGAAGUGGGAGUCUUCAAUGCUUGUCUUCAAUUCAAGCCUACCUCCUUUCUUGGAAACUAUGAGUGAACCAAACAUAGUGUAUUGGAAUUACUGCAAGGAGAUGAACUGCUGAGCAGGGUGCUGGCCAGGGGCUUGCACUCACACAGCCGCCUGCCAGGUGGGACCACGGGGUCACUUCAUCUGAGGAAGAUCCUUGGAAAGCUGGUCCAGUCAGGCAGAGCACGCGGGGAGGCAAUCAGGCAGGCUCCAGGUGUUUACCUGCUCCCAAAAUGGUCAUGUAGAAGAGCAGAUUUAAUGUGAAGAUGGGACUCUUGGUGUUUAUGCGUAACCUGCUGCUAGCCCUCUGCCUCUUUCUGGUACUGGGAUUUCUGUACUAUUCUGCUUGGAAGUUGCACCUUCUCAGAUGGGAGGAUUCAAAUUCAGUGGUUCUUUCCUUUGACUCCGUUGGACAUACAAUAGGCUCAGGAAGGAGAGAGAGAAAAACUGUGGCUAUUGUGCUUCCGCUGUCCAUCCCAUCUCACCUUGCUGCAGACCCAGGAAAAGACAGAGCCCAGAAAGAACCCACAGAAACCAUGGCAGCUCCAGGCCCAGCCAUUCCCAAAUACGACAAACUUGGAUUUCUCCUGAACCUGGACUCAAAAUUGCCUCCAGAACUGGCAUCAAAGUAUGCCAAUUUCUCUGAGGGAAUGUGCAAGCCAGGCUAUGCAUCAGCGCUCAUGACUGUCAUCUUCCCAAAGUUCUCGAAGCCGGCACCAAUGUUCUUGGACGAUUCCUUCAGGAAAUGGGCACGUAUCAGGGACUUUGUACCCCCCUUUGGAAUUAAAGGACAAGAUAAUCUGAUCAAAGCCAUCCUGUCAGCAACCAAAGAUUAUCAUCUAACUCCAGCUCUUGACAGUCUCAGCUGCCGGCGAUGUAUUAUUGUGGGAAAUGGUGGAGUACUUGCAAAUAAGUCAUUGGGGUUAAAAAUUGAUGACUAUGAUGUUGUUGUCAGGCUGAACUCGGCUCCAGUGAAGGGCUUUGAAAAGGAUGUGGGUGGCAAGACAACACUCCGGAUCACAUAUCCUGAAGGUGCAAUCCAGAAAAUGGAGCAGUAUGAGAAGGAUUCCCUGUUUGUUCUGGCAGGAUUCAAAUGGCAGGAUUUCAAGUGGCUGAAAUACAUUGUUUACAAGGAGAAAGUGAGUGCCUCUGAUGGCUUUUGGAAGUCAGUGGCGACCCGUGUCCCAAGGGAGCCUCAUGAGAUACGUAUCCUGAAUCCCUACUUCAUCCAGGAGGCAGCUUUCAGCUUCAUUGGACUGCCUUUCAACAACGGCCUGAUGGGCAGAGGGAACAUCCCCACCUUGGGAAGCGUAGCAAUAACCAUGGCGCUGCACAACUGUGAUGAGGUGGCCGUAGCUGGCUUUGGCUAUGACAUGAGCUCACCCAAUGCACCGCUGCACUACUAUGAGAACAUCAAGAUGUCUGCCAUCAAAGAGUCCUGGACGCACAACAUCCAGCGGGAGAAGGAAUUUCUGAGAAAGCUGGUGAAAGCCCGAGUCAUCACUGACCUGACCAGUGGGAUUUGAGUGGCUGCAGCCACUGCAUCCAAGGGAGGAGAUGAAGACACGCUGCAGCUCUGGGAGCAGGCCCUGGCAGCCCCUGCAAGAAUCCCACCUCACUGAAGACACACAGAGAUGCCCAGGUGCUCUAGGAAGACCCUCUUGCAUUGCCAGUCUGCACGAGGGUUACAUCUCCCACCUCCAGGCCUAGAGCUGGCAGGAGGUGGGCAAGGGGCUCAGUGGACAGUUCUUGAACUCUGCAUCGCAGACAGAUCUUCUGCAUCCUGAAUUAGACAGGAAAGACUCAGGAGAGAGAAGAAAGGUUUGUGAAUAAAAUGAUUAGUGCCAAAUGGGAGGUGAUGCUGCCCCAAGGCAGCAAAGCCUGAAUGUACAAAGUAUUAUUUUUUAAAAGACUGCUGGAACCAUACUAGAAAUACCAAGGUACAAGGCAAAGUCUGCUUGCGCACAGCCCUGCGAAAAACCUGGCCUCUUCAUGCUCCAUCUGCAUUGUCACCAGCCUCUGACCUUUCCCCGGGAAAACAAAUCCAUCCAAAACUUCGGUGUCAUUGGUGCUGCUACGAUUUGAAGGGAGAAUAAUGGCUUCCUCUCAUUCUCCACUUGGAGCUUCUGGAUGGAGAUGAGCAUGGGUUUGUUUUUCUGCAUUUUUCCUCACAUCCUCCACACAGGCAGCAACAGCAGCCAGUGACUUGGCUGUGUUUUCCAUAGCCAUUUGCUCUGCCUCUGCCCUGACCCCGAGGUGGAGCAGGGAGCUGGUGGCUUUCCCCGCCUACAGCAGACCCUCCCCACCUUCCUGCCUGUCAUGAUGCAGAGGAGCCUCUGCCCCGUUGUGCUCAAGGCUUUCAGGCCUCUUGGUUUGUGCCUGCUGUGCAGGGCCCCUGAAGAGUCCGUGCAGACUUGUGUCACUGUUUCUGGACAGCAUCUCGCUUUGGUUUUGUGUGGGAGGGGAGUAACUUAUUCUUUGGAAGGAGGUCAGAUCUUGAGCAGAGAUCUCAAGCUUUACAGUUUGAGAGAAGACUGCUGAAGAUGUUUGUUUUACGUUCCAGACUCAAUCAUGUUCCCUAUUUAAGCGACGUGUGACCUCAAUGAUGAUGGAACCUGAUGGGAACUCUCACCCUCUGCUUGGCCCCUGCUCACUCCAUUUCCAAGCUCCUCCUGUGCUGCUCUAGCACUGCUGCUCCUCCUGCUCUCAGGAGCACGUCCUUCCUUUGCCCUGUUGGUCCCAAGAUGCACUAUUUGCACAUUUGAUUUGUAUACGUAUUUCAGAGGAGCUGGAAUAAACUGAUCAACGUGGCCAAGUGCGAGGGCAGCAGGGUGGUCUCAUCCACCUGAAGAGCGUGGGCAGAAGGGAGGUUGCCAAGGGAAUGAGCAGUUACAUGUGGAAAGUGGCUCCUGUGCUCUCCUAGCCUGGGGCAGGCUGGAGUGCACCCACAGGCACUGUCCCAGUACCUGGGUGUCAAGGUACUGGCACACAGCCAGCCGGUGCUGGGGUCUGUGGAGGGGGAUCCCAGAGGGGUGUGGGUUGGGCUCAUGGUCCUGACACUGUGUCUGACAUAGCCCAAGGAUUGCAGUCUGCCUUGCUCUGGACUGAAGGGAGCAUGACCCUGGCAUGGGCAAGGACUGCUCGGAGCAGGGUGAGCAGGGCUCCCCUAGACCAGCUCUGCAACUGCUGACUUGCAGGGACUGUGGCUUUGGACCUGAGACCCUCAAGGGGGUGUGCAGGAGGGGCAGGCAGUGACCCAGGCGUGGGGCAGACCAGCAAACUGUACAGAGUGGUUUGAGGCCAGGCUGCAGGCAGAGGCAGCUCCCAGGACACGGCCCUGAGUGCUGCUUACAGAGCUGUAUGGGAUGCCUUCCCCAGGAGCCUCUCCUGCCUGCUGUGCCUGUAGCCAAGGAGCUUGCUCAGGGUCAAGUCCUGCCCACCUUCUUGUUGUGGCUGCUGUUUCCCUUGUCAUCUGGGAGCAGCUCAAAGUUCCUGCUGCUUCUGGGCUGCAGAAGGCAUGCUGGGAGGCUCUCCAUCCCUUUACCCUUCCCAUGUCCCAUCCCCUCUGCUCUGGCCUCCCAGCCAGACAGUCCCCAUUCACCCAGGGACAUGCCUCCUUUCAGGAUGCUCUGUCAGGUUUACAGCAGGUUUUUGAGCGUGUGCUAUGGCAGAUACUCCUUUUAAGUAUCUCCCAUUUUGUUUUUCCUUCUUGAGGACUCCAUGGGACUGAAUUUCCAUGGCUCUCACCAGGCAGCCCUCCCUUUGCAGCUCCUGGGUGUCAGCCUGGACUUGGGACCAUCUUCUGUUGAGUCCCAGCCAUGCUGGCAGGGGGAAUGCUUGGUCUGGGUCUGGCUGAGGUUGUGGCUGGGGAAGGGUUGACACUCACUCUCUGUCUUGGUGCUUUAACCAGCUGCCGCAAGAGCCUAGGGCUGUAUCCAUGGGCUGCAGUGAGCUGAAAUGGCAGAGUGGGCAGCUGCAUCUGGAAGGAGGAGGGAACAGCCUUUGGUGUCUCUGCUGGGGCCCCCACAGAGGAUUGUUCAAUUGCAUUACUGAACACUCAAAGCUCUAGGUCACUUUUAUCCUCCAACUCACUAGCUCCAGGUCCAAGGACACAGCAUGGCCACUGCUCAGCCUUCCCUGUUAUCCCUGCUCUCCACCACAGCCAUGAACAGGUCCUGAUGGGAAGUUGACCCUACAGACCAGGGACAUGACUCCUAGUCCUUCCCUUCACCUUGACAGGAGUUUCCAGGCAGAAGAGCCCAAGUUGAAUAGAUGAGUGCAUGGCCUAGAGUGACUGCGGUGGGUCAGCACCACCUGCAUGUAGAAGGAAAGAGCAUUUUGGGGACCAAGACUCUCCUCUGGCUCACUGACACCACAGAGCAGCCCAUGGCCAGGUGAUGGGGCUCCAGCUGCAGGAGCAGUGCACAGCACUGGGUUUUGCUCCUGGCUGCUGUUGUUUUGGCUGCCUCCCCAGGUGCACCUGCAGCCACCUCCCGCCCUUGAGAGGCUGCAGUCCUGGCAGCUCGGCGUGGUGCACCGGGUCAGAGCAGGGUCAGUGGGACGGAUGUGAGUCUUGGCCUCUCCCUCGCAGUGACUCACCUUGUCAGAUCGGAAGGGAGAGCCCAGGGGAAUUCUCCACAGCCUAAAUAUAGAGCGGGGUUGCCUGGUGCCUCUGAUGUGCUGUGGUGCAGAAAGGCCACUCGGGUGGCAGGAAACCUACCUAGAGACAGCCCAGGGAAGCACAGGGAGAUCAGGGGCCAGUGACCACAGUGGGUUUUGCUCCAACUAGUGCACAGAGCAGAUCUGGGAGCUGCCGGGCAGCCUGCAUGUGCUGCUCUGGAGGGCAGGAGGUGCUGAAGAGCUGCUGCUGCUGUGCUGACCACACCACGAGCUGCUUGUGCAUGUGUGUCAGUGCCCACCACACUGGCACUGGGAUCCCACCACCAGCUCACCCUGUUAGGCCUGGCCAUGCUGUGGCCUUGAGCUCACACAUGCCAAAGGUAAGCACCAUGGCCAGGUAGCAUGAGGCAGCAGUGGGAUCCAGCCCAGCAUUCCUCAUCCCAGCAUCUCUGGGCUUCCAGUGUCUCCUUCCUUGGAGGGAGAAGUGGAGAGGCCCUGCCUGGCCAUGCUGUGCUACCCCUCAGUGUGAGCACUGCUGGGAGCAGGGGAAGGUGUCAGGACAGGGCUGUGUCAAAUGGGCGCAGCUGGGUUUGGUACAGGCAGAACUGGACAUGGACAAGGGCUUCCAGAGUGUUUGGCAGGGAGCAGCCACCACGCCGAGCUCCACAGGCACCAGCACAGCGUGUACUCUCGGUCCGAGCGUGUGUCACUCGCAGUAUUAGAGACGUGUCCUUCAGUGCAGGAGCCCCUUUGGGGCCACAGCCCAGCCCCUCUGGGCCCUGGCUCCUUGCACAGCCUGCACAGGGUCUCAAAAAGGCCAGUGCAUUCGCCGGUACUGUACCAAGCCAAGAUGCAAGAACUCAAUGAGUUUUUAAAUUAGUUUUAGUUUCUGCAUUUUUUUUUUAAUUUUCCCUCUAGGCAGGGAGGGUAAGAGUCUUGCGGGCUCCUCCAAGCCGGCUUAUGUCACAUCAAUUCAGUCAUAUCACAGAAGCAAUAAAGCUAUCAAACAA